GAUACAACAACCAGUUCAUUCCAAGCUGAUGGCAACCGGAAGUAGAACCAUCCACGUGAAGGAGACGACAGAUGAAAUUGAGUCCUUUCUUCUGUCUCGACUGAUCUCAUCCGAAGACCACGAGUCCUCCUCUGGCUGUGCAACCUGCCGUGCUGAUUGUCACAAUGGUUGUCACAAGUGGCACAACCGAAAUGGCAGACUUCAGGCUGCUCAAACCAACACUGUAGUAACAGCAAGGCUGUAUCCAGACUUACAGCUGUUGAGCAGAAACGGAAAUAUACCAGUUGAACCACGACAGGUGCCAACGGCUCCCCUUAUCAUUCUACGGAAACAUCUUCACUGUUAUGCGGCCAUCAGCUACCGCCGCGUCUGCCGAUGCCAGUGCUUGAUGACAGGAUGAAGCCAGAGACCCAUCUGGGAACCUACCCACUCACAGGGCCUGGUCUCAGGGACAUACUGAAGUCGCCAGAGGUUCAACAGUUUCUUCAGAAGGUCCAGCUGGAGCACCAAUGUCACGUCAGUAUGGAGGAGGUUGUGAGAGGUAAACACAAAUUCAAGGUGUAUUUGUUGAGCGGGAACAUCAUCCACACAAAGGCGGAUGUCCUGUUCACAUCGGUGUCUCCCGAUCUUGACCUCAACAAAGACCCUAUCACCCGUGUCGUCUCAGCGAUGGCGGGGCCUGACCUACAAACAAGUCUAGAUAGGCGGUACCCGCGCGGGGCUCGAGUCGGCGAUGUUGUAGAGGGGGGUUCCGGGACGUCUACAUUGUUCUCUGCUCCUGCAUGCCUGUCUGUCUCGCUUUGACGGAGAUUAUGACGCAGACUGUAUAUCUACACUAAGAACAGUUCUCCUGAAGGGUCUUCAGAUGACAUUACAGCGCGGCUUCAAGUCUAUAGCCCUUCCAGCCGUAGGUAUCGGUCAGCUGGGUUACCCACCUUCCACGCUGGCGAAGAUACUGAUGGGGGUGUACAGGGAGAUUGCCUCUGACACAGGCUCAGAUCUUCAGGUGUUUGUCUUUGUUGAGCCGCCCAAACACCGCCACUUCCAGGCAAUUAAAGAAAGGUUGCAAGACAUGGACCGCAUAUUCAUCGGACGUGAAGCUGUCAUGAUAGGAACUGUUCAGCUGCAGGUUGUUCUUGGUGAGGCGAAGCUGGAAGAUGCUGACUUGAUUGUCUACAUCACCCAGCCUGGAGCAGGUAUUGAUAAAAAGAACCAGUUUGAGCGGACCCCCUGGAGGGAAGUCUACACAGAUUUGUCUUGAUGAACCUGAGAGUAUCUGGUCCUGUCU